AUGCAUGAGCAACAAACAUCGACGGACACCCUAACCCGGUCUCGCUCCACCAGUCCAGAUUCGCCCUUAGCUAGCAGCUUAUUCGACGCAACGGCAAAUAUCGAUGACUUGACAAACUCCUUAGCCAACUUCUCUCGUGUAGAUACACCUGAACCCGCCGCGGCCUUGACGUGUUGCUGUGGAAAGGAAGACUGCGAACACUUGAAGGCAUGGCAGGCUUUCAAGGCUAAGCUCGAGAGUCGCUUGAUCCUGAGUGCAGAAGUAGGCCAGGCGCUAUUACAGCGGCAUGAGGCGUAUGUUCGCAGAGUCCAGCAGAGUUACAAACGCGAGCAUCACCAAAACAAGUCUGGCGCCGCUGCCAUCGAGAGCUUGCCGAGUGAACGAGUUCCAUCCACCAAGGAAGAGCUGGAGAUCCACGUUGCUGAACUUGUGAAAGAGAACGCUGUUCUUGAGAAGCGCUUCAAUCAAGCGCUCCUGAAUAGUGAGGUUGCCGAAUCCUCUAACAAGACCUUAACACUUGAGCUUCAAGAAGUUCGAGACGCUGUUAGUCGGUUAUCGACCGAGCAUGCACGUUCUGUCGGAUGGGAGACGCGGAUGCGAAAUCUCAGGCAAGAAAGGGACGAUCUUCAGCAGGAACGUGACAACGAGGCUCAAAAGGCGAGGAUAACAGAAGCUCGUUUGUCGGCUUUGAACGACAAGUGCGCUCUUCUGCGGACACAGGUAUCGAACCUGCAGGAGGAACUGGAUCAGCAACAGCAGCAUCGUACAGAGCUUUCUGAGGAGAUACUGCAGGAUGCACGGGGACGCUUGCAAGAGCUCAGUCUCUCGCGGCACGGCCGGACUACAUUAGAUGAUCAUGACGAGGUCACCAAGAUCAUGGAGACGCUCGUCGCAGACAAUGAGAGUCUGAUGAAGAGUAACGCGGAGCUACAGCGUAUGCUCGGCGAGUCUCGAGAGACUGUCAACAGUCUGCAGGAGGAGGCGGAGGAAUACCGGGCAUCUUUACGAACAUCCAUCGUACGAGACGAAGCGUCUUUUGUGAGACACCGACGUACUCAAAGUAAUCAGUCGAUGUUCAGUACAAUGCAGAUGUCGUCUUCCUCUGCACAAUCAUCUCCGCAUGGUACAGCAUCUGGACCUGCAUCUCCUGUAACGUUUGCAUACCCACUCCAUGGAAGACACCAUUCGGUAUCCGGGAGACGGCCGGCGAGCAUCGAACCUCCGGGCCGUCGUCGUUAUGAGCCUCUCACUCCUGAGACAACUCACCAUCCGCUAUUCCUCUCGCCUGAUCACUCCAUUUUACCGUCGAAAGCGGGCAGUCGCUCGCAGCCCGUAUCACCCCACCUCAACCCAAACGAUCUAGCGGACGACGACAAGAACUCAAGAAAACCUCGAAUACAGAAACCCCUUCUCUUAUUGACUCGGUCAAGAGGGGUUCAAACAGAUCAAUGGGCGGGCCUUCUUUCACCCCUUCCACCCCUUCCUUCCACUUUCGAUCAAGCAUCCUCGUCGGCGUCACCUCACGAUGGUCAAUCAGAAUCAUCUUCCCUGGCGGAAAACCCCUCCACUCUCAGCAUUCUCCUAGAACGCAUAUCUGUGCUAUUCAACCGUCUAUCCCAAGCUGACGCGCUCACUCUCACGAACCGAUUGAAACGGCAACACCUAGUUGGCGCAGAUGUUAGCCAUCUGUCACGUACCACCGUUGACGCCAUCAUCGCGGACGUGACCAACCUACGUACACAUUUCCGGUCGUUCCUGGAGGACGAGAGGAUUGUCACCACUUGCACGCGAAAGGAUCUUCGGUCGCUCUUCAAGAUCCUGCGGGAGGUGUUUCAGGAGAUGGGCUCGAUGAGAGUCACAUUGAAUGACGUCGUCCUUGAUCCUUCUCUCGCUCCCAAGAUUAGGGAGAUCGCUUUGAACCCGUCGAUGGCGGAUACGACACCCCGUGUCGAGCGGGAAAACAAUGCUAACUCGAAUGCCGCAGGGUGGAUGGCUCCUCUCACAAAGCUUUUUGGUGCUCCGGCAGCGCCGAAAGACAAGGGACCUUCCCCACUUAUGCGAUCUAACAGUCGUGGACAAGCACCAUCACGAUCCGCCAGACUCGUCCCAAAGAUUGCUCCUGCAGCGUCAGCGUCCACGACCACCGUCAACGUAGAGUUUUCAGGGACUGGGCUCGGUCGUGCCGUAACAAGCACUUCCACACCCUCCGCAGCUACACUCACUACUCCAAGUAUUGUUGCCCCUCGUCCUCAACCUGCUUUGCCUGGUCGAAAAGCCUCUCAGAAUGUCAUGGGCAUCUUCCGUGGCGCUCCAACUCCUUCGGAUUCCUCCACGGACCCCUGGGUCGUCAUUCCUAACCGGAGAGCGAAAACACCAAGUGGACGACCUUCAAGAUUGCCUAAUGCGGCAGCUGGAACUAGGCCUACUGAUGCGGCCGCCACGAGUCCAGUAAGGAGUAACAUGGCGAGGAUGUCGAGAAACGUCGAGGCGAUGCUUGACCGCAAGGAAAACACCGGGUUCAACGCUACGUUACAACGGACGUUGCGCCCACGCGGCUUGUCAGACUCGUCGAUACACACGACAUACAUGGCCCACGAUAGUCCUACCGCAGACGAAGAGGGUGCAGGGAGAGAAGCACAGCCGAUAGAUGUUGGAGAGAACUCUGUUCUCCAGGCCCUAAGUCGCAAAGUUCAAGACUUCAAGACGGCCGCUGCCAACUCGUUCACUGGCUCGUCCACACCCUUCCCCACCUCGUCACCGCCUGUUCCAUCGCACAUCCGGAAUCUGUCGUCCGGGUCGGGGAGUGGGACUCUACCACGAACGAGAUCACCGAGACCGAGUGGGUUGCUUCCAGACUUGACGUCUUGGGCGACCGCUGGGGAGACAUUGGACAGACCGGAUGCCGAAAGGCCGUUCGUUGGCAGUCCAAGGACGAGGGAGAAUACUGGGGAGUAUCUUGGGAGACCCCUUUGAAGGGACAUUCUCGUCCUUGUUGGAAACUCCGGCGAAGUCCCGCCACUGUAAGCUAUGUAUGUAUUCAUUAUUGUGUGUUAGAAUCGGGUUCGAGACAAGACAAAACAUGAUCCUUGUGUUCUUUAUGGCUUCGCGAUGUAUGUCUUGGUUUUUUUCUCCUUCUUUUUUGUAGUGAUAUACCCUGUGGAUUGCGAUACAUAGUG